UUUUUUCUAGCAAAAUAAGUGUGGUCAAAGAAGGAAUAUGCUAUUAUUUCUUUUUUUGGAUUCCUUAAAUUUACUAGAAAGCGGUGUCGACCAAAUGAGCCGCAAAACAUUGCAAAGCAAGGUUAUUGCAAUGGUCACAGCGACGAUAAUGCAUUAGGCUUCCGGAAGCGACGAUAAUGCACAAAAUGAGAUAUUGGUGGGGAAAAGAAGGAAGAAUAAAGCUCAUGCUUGUAAUUUAUUUCAACAGAAUCGAAUAAAUUAUAUUUUUAUACUGAGUUAAUGGGGCUGGCUUACACGGAAGAAGAAUUUAUACUAGUUAGAUUAUACUGACAUUUCUCAACGAACACAGCUUUUACCUUAGCAACGUAAACAAAUAGCAAGCAUUCUCUUAAAUAAGGAUAUUUAAUAUGGAAGGCAAGGAUAAUCGAUCAAAGGAGUGAGUAUAACUAAACGCAGUAAAAUGAAGCAAUAUCGCAAAAAGGCUCCUGUGCAACAUAAUAACAACACUUCUUCCAGUUCCCAGGUUGAAGUGAUGCGUGGCAUAGUUGAUGUAGCAGAUUCAAGUGAUGAACGCUUUGUUUCACGGCGUGGUUGGGCUACUUCUCGACCACAACCACAAAUACGUCGUUACUCACUAGACGAUGAGGAAAACGAUUUGAAUGAAGCAGAGUCGGCACAAAUGAAUGCGGGUGAUUUCGGUUUAAUGUCACAGCUACCUACGUCUGUUGGUGGUCACUUUCAGUUCUCAUCUGAGAAAAAUUGGGACUCUGUAGACACUGAACAAUUUUUGGACAACACGGAGGCUAGUCAGUACUUUACUCUUAAUUUAAAGCUUUUAAAUGUUGGCUUACAAACAAUACCAUUUUAUAAACGGAUGGAUUAUGCGGCGUCUCUGUUUACCCGUGAUCAAUUGCGUACUAUGGAAAAUGCAGCAGAAGCAGCAGAGAAAAAUUAUCAGAAAGUGCUACAUGAGCAUGAAACUAAUCCGAGCAUUAAAAUUAAUAGUGGUAGUAGGAAAAGUGGUUCAGGCCGCUCACAGAAUAGUCUCAAACCGAAUAAUGUGGAAGCAAGUGAAACUAAUGUGGGAGAUGAAUUAGAUGAGUUGUUGAAUUUAACUACAGCAGCCGUUACAAAAGUUGACAUAAGUGUGGGAAAUGGCAGUGGUGCGGAAAAUGCAGCAGUACCUAUACCAGCUGAUAGCGAGAAUGUUUCUGCUCACAAGGAUGAUAUACAAGAGUGGUUAGAUAAUGUUUUAGAAGUGUAAAGUAGUUUUAUGGAAAUAACUUAAUCUAAUAAUUGGAAAUAGCAUACAUUUUAAAUCAAAGGAAUACACGGAAUAAAUUCAAUUUUUAAGGUCUUACCUUUUCUUUGUCCUUAAAUAAAUCAUAAAUAUUUAUGCCUUAUCAUGAUAAAUAAAGGAAUUGAAAAUGUUACGUUAAUGAUGUC